AUGUGUCCAGCUAUCAAUUCCAGUUAUCAAGUAACGAUCGCACCUGGUGCAUAUGUCUGUGAAGAACGUCUUCAAUUAGUGGGCGAAAUUUCCAUUGGAAGUAAAACCAUUAUUCAUCCAGGCGUCAGUAUUAUUGCGGAAGCUGGCCCAAUUUUUAUUGGUGAUGGAAACUUAAUCGAAGAGCAAUGUGUUAUAGCUAAUCGAUUUCCACCUGGCGUUGAUAAAGAUCAAAUGAACCAAGUAGUAAUGAUCAUAGGAAAUAAUAAUGUCUUUGAAGUUGGCUCACAAUGCGAAGCUCUUAAAGUGGGCGAUAACAAUAUUCUCGAAUGUAAAGCGCAAGUUGGUCGUAGUGUUACACUAACAAGCGGUUGCGUCAUUGGUGCCAAAUGUUCAUUAACAACAGAUGAAGUCUUACCAGAAAACACAGUUGUAUUCGGCAGUGAUCAUCAACGACGCACCAUGCCUGAUCGACCAGCUUUUCAAACGCAUCAACUCGAUUUUCUCGCACGUAUUUUACCAACAUCGCACUACGUUCUCAAACAUGGCACCAAAAGUCAUACACAACCGGCGACAUAG